AAAACAAUACUUAUACGUCGUAUAACUCGCUCAGUUCUAAUUUCGUCAGUAACAAACUCGGAUCCAAUUCGGUAGUGUCAGACAACAGUAGUUAUUGAAAACUUUAACAAAAUGGAAGUGAUCAGAGAUAUUAAAAAAGUGAUCAAUCAAGCACUCGGAAAAGAGAAUAUGUUCGGAUUCAAGACAACAUUAGCUAAUCAGAUGUAUUUAAUGUACUGCAUCAUCGGUAACGUAUAUUACAUCGAUAAAAUACACAAAAAAACCAAACUUGCAUGGUUCUGGAUUGUUUACAUAGCAUGUUUACCAGUUGUCGUUUCCAUAUUAAUGUACAUAGCUUAUGGUAGACAAACCGGUGACUUGGUGUUGCUGAUUUACACGACAUUUUUAUUCAUGGUGGGUUCAUUGGAAUUAUUUGUGAAACCUGCAAUCGCAGUGUUUUGGUAUGGAAGCAACAUACAUCAAAUGAUUUUGAUAGCUGAUAAAAUAUUGUCGACAACAUCAUCAACCACGCAUGCAUCCAAUAAAUAUCUGGAUGCAAAAAAAAUUAUAAGGAAUAUAUUAAUCGCAGUUACAAUAACAAUUGUAGCAUACGUAUCAGUCACUUUUAUGGAUGUGAUAUUUUUUUAUCAAGAAGAAAAAGUCAAAAAUAACAUGUAUUACUUAGCACCACUUUCUGGACUUGAACAGUUUGCGUCAUUUAAAUUUUAUGUAAUUUAUCACUUCAUUUUUUACGGCACAACGUGCGGUUUUUUGAUCAUUGUCGUAGUGCAUCUAGUUUUUUCCGUGCCUUGGGCGGUAACGUGUCAUAAUGAGGCGCAACGCAUAAUCAACGAGUUGAAUUCGUUAAGUGAAGAUAUUGACAUCAAUAUCGACACUUAUAAAAGUAUCGAAGCAAAAUUCAGAUACGUGAUGAGAAAAUGCAUACACGAUAUAAACAAUCUCAACAGAUUAAUUUCAACGUACAGAGGCUUUAUUGAAAUGACCGCCAGUCUCACCCUUCCCAUUUUACUGUACAUUGAAGUUACCCACGCUUUGAUCGCUGUAUCGCCAGGUUUCCCAUUCGUAAUCAGAUUGAGGGAAGUUUUCGUUUUCCUCAUCUGGAUUCAAGAAGUCUACAUAACAUGUUGGAUUGGGGCUAUGUUGGAACAAAUUGCAACAGACUUAUCAUUCGCUGUAUAUUCUACACCAUGGUAUUGGUUGAAAAACAUUCGUAAAGACGUUUACAUACUUCUAUGCCAAUCACAAACACCAAUCAAUCCACGAGCUUUGAAUGUUUAUCCACUCACAUUGGCAACAUUUCUGCGAUUUUGCAACGUUAUCAAUUCCGCAGUGAAUGUUUUUCUGGCAUACACACAAUAAUAGUUGAUAUCCGAGGGAACUGCAAAAGAAGUUCACGAAGCAUUGGAGAAGAUAUUAAAGAACUUCAUUAAGAAGCCGUGGUCUAGAAUUUUUGGUCUCAUCUAUUUCAAUGAUAGCUAUACUUUUAAAAAAAAUAUGAACUUGCAAGUAGAAUUACAAAAACACAAACUUAAAUAAUUUUUCCGUUUACAUUGUGCAAUAAAAUCAUAAAUCACAGUUUAA